CAGUGUUUUGAAGCAACCUCUCCUCGGUACGGAUCCAGGCCUUCGGCAUCCAGCUCCUCGCCCGCACGCCAAUCAGAAGCCUCUCCUGCGCGCCCCUUGGUCUUGUCGGCUUUAGAGCUGGCUGCUUGGGGGCAGAUGGACGAGUUUGUGAAGGAUAGACAGGGUGGGGGGUCGGCAGCUGCGUGAUAUUAAGGCGAGCUGCAGACUAAUCGUGCCCAAGAUCGCGACGGGUAUGCGACUUACACAACAUCAUCAUCGUCAUCAGCGUCAUCAUCGUCAUCAAUCGCUACGCAUUCCGCUUCUCCGUAUGCAGUACCGUUCUACGACUCGACGACUCACGGCGCGAGGCAGCUGGCGGCGGAUUUGGGGAGUGUAACUUAUUUACCGGCCUCUCGCGGAUUCCGCUCGCGAGAUCGACGGCGAUGGCGGCCGAACCUCGCGCGGUCGCGUUCGGCGAUCGUAUCUCUGACCUCACUACCGUCUUCACGCCGCCCUGUCCGACCACGUGGCUGCUGACGACGACGAAAGUGCCCUCGCAAUAUCCCAGGUUCCCGACUGCAGGGCCCGCCUCGUGCGACCCGCCGUCGUGGGAGGACAAUAUCUCCCAGAAAGGCUUCGCCUACUAUUCACCGGCUAUCUGCCCGAGCGGGUUUGCCGCCGGUUGCACGAUAAGCCAUCAGCCGCCGGCCGAGGGGUUUCAGCCCGUAUCUGCGGGAGAGACUGGCAUGUAUUGCAUACCGAGCGGCUUCACUUGCACAUCAGAUACCACCGACUUUCGUGGUGGGGUCUGGGGUUACCUCCGCACAGCGACGGCCAGCGGCGCCUCCGUUACUGUCGGGCCAGCCAUCCAAAUUCGCUGGCGAGAGCAGGAUCUCGCCAAUCUUGCUACGGAUCCCUUGUCGCCGGGAACACCCACCACUCUUCCGCCCUCAGCCAGCUCGUUUACGACGGCUCCUGAGAUGUACCCCGUACAGCCGAUUCAACCGGUAAGGCCGACACCAGAAACUUCCUCAGAAACCGAGGUUAGCGAGCCAAGGGCCAGCGAGCCAGUUGGCUAUGUAGUCGUAUCUCCCCCUCCACCGACCAGCGAGCGAUCCAGCAGUAUAGUCUCUCCGACCGGCGUAGGGCCGGCCGUGACGAGUACGAGUGAGGCGGUAGUUCCAGGACCCAGCCAAACGGACGUAACAACCUCGGACCCCCCUGGGCCCACGUCUACUGCCGGCGAAGGGGGCACUCAGACCCCCGGCGGACCCGACCGAGGACAAUCGGAAGGAGGUACGCCCGAUGUUGUCUCCAGCACCAGCGUCGCCGCUAUGGCUAUGUCGGGAAUUCUCAUCCUGAUGAUCCUGGGGUUCCUGGCUUUCGGUUUGUUGCGGCGGUAUCGGCGGUAUCGCGCCGGGGAGACCGAGACGUUCGUGCCGUGGCAGCUGGGAACGAGGGUAAAGAGAAUAUUUGGGAGAUGGCGGGCCAGGUUGAGACGCGCCGACGGCGGCUUCGGGAAGCGGCCGUCCAAGAAUAUAGAUGCCGAGCUGGGCACGGACGGCCCGACGCCGGAGCUGGGGGCGGGCGCCCCGUUAGGAACGAAGGAGAACCCGGCGGAGCUGGAGGAGACGACGGAGAGAAACAGCUGGGCAUCGCGAAUGUCGCGCGUAUUCACGGCGAGGCUGAAGAAGGAGGUGUGGUCGACAUGACAGUUCUCGCCCCGCCAUGGACGGGGCGGUAUUUGUUGGUGGUUUAGUCGGCAGGCCGGGCGACCAGGGUCGAGGCGAGGACGGAUAUAUACCUACAACCUAUAUGUAUGUAUUAGACACCCAAUAUUACUUGCCCCACGCAAUGUAGAUAUUGUAUGUACAUAACCUCCAUCGAUAUGAGGUAGGUAGGUACUUUCUCGUAGCCUGGCAUCUUGCACUGGAAUCGAGGGUUCCUGGUUGGUUCAGCG